UUCGCGUUUGCGUUCAAAGCAACAGAGCCUGCGCCCGUGGUGUGUUCAAGUGUUAAAUAUGCAUGUCAGUCGAUUUACUCAAGCAUGCAGUCCGCUGGAGUUUUCGAUUUGGGCCCCGAGUCAACGAGCCGCGUUGCCAUGACGACCAUGUCCAUCCUGGCGCCUCCGCCGCCCCUUUCGGCCCUGUGUCGAUGGUACAUAUAUGCAAUUCACGGCUUCGUGUGCGAGGUGAUUUUCACGGCUUGCUGUGAGUAUAUAGUGCAUAAAAACUGGAAGCUCCAUGGAGCCACCAGUUUAUGGGCCUUCGUCAUCUACGGAACGUGUAUCCUGGCCAUUGAGCGCAUGUUCCUGCGCAUGCGUGACCAUGUUAACGUGCUGGUGCGCUGCCUGGUCUACACUGUAUGGUUGUACGUCUGGGAGCUGAGCACCGGCCUGCUGCUGCGGCGCUUUGGUGCCUGCCCCUGGGACUACUCCAAAUUCCGCUAUAAUUUCAUGGGCCUGGUGACGGCUGAAUACGCCGCGCUGUGGUACUUCGCCACUUUCUUGGCGGAGCGUCUGGUCAUCCAGAACACACUCCGCUUGCGCUACCACGAUGGCUUCGACGACGGCUGGACCGAUCCCCUGGCUGGGGCCAUGAGGGCCGCCCGAAACUGCGAGAAGAGGAUGCGGGAGGCCGGGAUGGGCGGCUUGUUGAAGUGGGACUGA